ACAACAGCUGGCUGCCUUGUGGAUUUGUCAUUUGAUUGUGAUUUGUUGAUUUCUUUUCAUAAAAAUCUGAAUAAAUCAUCCACAAUUAUUAAAGUGCAUACUAGAUUGAAUUCUACCUUAAUACUAAAAUGACCUCACUGCUUUGAAUUACACUCGCUAAUUAAAAAAGAUUCCAAGAUGCAUAUAAUGCACGAGUCUAAUUUGAAAGAUGAAAUAAAGAAAGAAAUAAUCCAAAACCUUAACUUAAGAAUCGGUAGUGAUAUUAACAAUCUAUCUGGUGCUUAUGAAUUAGAAACUGAACUGCUACGUAAGAGGAAGAAGUUACAAAGUAUCUUACAUGCAUCAAGUGAUGAAGUACCAACAAAACUGUCCUCGGCAAUUAAAAAAGCUGAGUUAAACUCUAAACAGAUAGACAGCAUCAGGGAGAAAAGGGCUGUGUUAAAGAAAAAAGUUGAAACCUUUCUAGCUAAAACAGAACCAUUGACAAAAGAGCUGGAUAAAAGGUUCAAAGCUAUUGGUCGACUGGAAGAGGUGGUUGCAUAUUUUAAAUUGUACACAAGGAUAGAAGAAUUAAGUACUGAAAUGAAACAAUGCAAGGAUGAUGAGCCACUAGUGAUAUUGUAUGGUGAGAUGAAGGAAAUGUGCAAUAAGUAUCAGAAAGCUCACCAGGGUGCUUACAUAAAGGAGUAUACACACUAUUGGCACAAUGUGCUAAAGGACCAUCUUACAAAACAUUAUGAAGAUGUACUUAAACUAAUAAAAUGGCCAUUGUCAUCUGCUGCUGACAAUUCGCAGUUGCCGAAGGAAGUAUUAAAUAAAUUCUCUAAUCUGACAAGAUAUCUGCUCCUCAUACAAGAGCCAAGGGAUUUAACGGCUGCUUCUGUCUCUGUAGACUUUAUUCAAGGACAAGACCCAUGCCUCCCAGUGCGAGUUUUGUUAAGGCCUUUGAAAAAGCGAUUCGCCUUUCACUUCACUGGACCACGUCAGACGGCAAGAAUCGAUCGCCCAGAGUGGUUCCUCACUCAAACCCUGACUUGGAUAAAGGAUCAUCAGGAGUUUGUCAAGAACAAUGUGCAACCAAUCGCCGAAAAACUUCAAAUUAAAGAUGUCAAUGCAGUGGAUGAAUUCAAUGCUGGAUUGAUAGCAUUAGCAGCUGAAAGGCUUCACACAGUAUUAGCUAUAUACCAUACACAAGGCGCAAAGGGGGAAAUGGGUGAUGUAGACGCGGCGUUUGCGCACGCCGUGGACGAAACCUUGGGUUUCCAUAGAGAGUUGACGGCUAUCAGUGGCACUGAAACCAACAGCGUCAUAUCUGUACUGACUAAAGCUGAGACCUUUGUUCGUUGGUUGGCUGUAGAAAAGAAAUAUGCUCUAGCAAAAAUGGACGAAACGCUAGGUAAUGAGCAGUGGAUCGAAGCGGUUGCGUCGGGGGUGGGUGCGGCCGUCGGCUCAGUGGUGUGGGUCCCGCGCGGAGCGGACUGGUUCAUAGCCCUGCUCAAAACUAUAGAGGACAGAUAUGCCAUGUUACCACAACCUGGACAUAGGCUACAAUUCCUAGAACUACAACUAGAACUCAUAGAGGAAUGGCGUAUUCGUUUGACUCAGUUGCUGAACGCGGCUACAUCAACGCUGAAAACCGAGUCAUUCCUUGUGCCGGGGCCACAUCCUCUCAUCGCAAUCAUCAAUGCGGGUCAUCAUACAAGAACUGUGCUGUUACAGUGGGCACAUUCACUGCACUAUCUCCAACUGCACUACUACCGGCGUCAAUUCCAACACUUUACGCAUCAGCAACACAAGGAUGAGAGAAAGAAUGGGAUAGAAGAGGACGAAACCGAAUCUUCCUCCAGCUCGGAUAGUGAUGACACCACGGAGGAUACCACAAGACACGGAUAUAGAGAAGCCGAAGAGGAUGUGGAUGAAAGCAUCUCCUUGAAUGAAGUUGAAGAAAGUGCUAAGAAACUGGCCUUAAAAGAAGUGACGAAGAGAAAUUCUAUGGUGUUGGAGCUAAGCCAAUUGGAAAUUUUAACCCCAAUAGCAAACCUAGCGGUAGCAGAGCCUUUAGCAGAGGAAGAUGCGGAGGAAGGAGGCGUAUUCGGAGACGCACCGGCCUUGCAAGCGCACCUGAGAGACUCGGCCAUCGCUGCGCUUGUGGAACACAUUCUGCUCGAGUUCAAGGCCACUAUACGCGAUUAUAAGAAGCAGAAAUGGCAUUCUAUGCCAACAAUAGAACAAGUGGCAUUAAGUGUCUCCUCGCCAUUGUGUGGACCCCUGUCUUCCUUAUGUGCAAGAUUAUCUUGCGCCUCCUCCACUCUGGCGCCGCGACUUGCCGUGAACCUUAGGACCAGACUCGCUGCUCACGUCGAUGAUUAUAUCUUUGAGGAAGUGGUACUAGAGAGCUGGUUCAACACGGGCGGCACUAUACAGUUCACGCACGACGUGAGAAGGAACCUCGUGCCAGCAUUCGCGCCGCCCAACAAAUUCUCCUCGUCUCUCAACCAAUUGCCCAAGCUACUCGAGGCGUGUAAACUCCUUAACAUGGACUAUGACGACGCGCGUCGCCUCCGCUCCUUAUUAAUCAAACAACCCAAGGACGCGGCGGGUGUUCUCAGCAACACCAACAUAGACUACAUCGAACCCAACCAAGCGAUCAGGAUCCUUAACCAAAGGACCGACCUCAGUGAUGCGUCAUCACCUUCAUCCGUGAUGGAGCUAUUCUGAAGCUUCGAAGGGGGAGGCGUCUAAAUGCGGAAAGACCAUGGCACUUGAGCGUGUAGGCUGGACUAUACCUAAUCUGCUUUAUUGGGAAGGAAUAAGUUGUACUAAAAACUUGCUUGGUUUUAUAUUAUUAUAUUAAAAAAUUAAAAAUCAAUGUGUGAAGGUCCAUUGGUCUAAAUAAAACACAGAAUUUUGGCCCAUGAGUUUACAUAGCCAAUGAUAUAAAGGACAAGAUAUGGUCGUCCGAACAAAAAAAAUUCACGGUUUAAUCACUA